GGAGCACUCACCCUGCACCAGAGCCAUCAGAGACGAGUCCAGAGGCUUCCUACCUGGGAUGGUGCCAGGGAAGGUGGAGUGUGGUGAGCUGCUUGCCGAGGACGACCAGCCGACACCAAGUCUGUGGAGACAUGCUCUCCCACUUUCUUCUCCUGCUGAAAGCAGCUAAGCCUGCUGUUUGGAUUUCUUAGAAUCCCAGCCCCCCAGGGACCUCUCUAGAGACAAACUGACCUCGCACCGAGACCCUGGCACGUUUCAUAGCUUCUGGACUGCAUGUUGCAACAGUUCUUGGGAAGCGCGCGUCUCUCCUACAUCAGCAUCUGUCCGUGCUUACUUCUACCUACACCGAGGAAGACCCGGUGAGGCCCCAGCUCUGGUGGUCCCGAACAGCCUGAACCCUGAGGCUGCUCCUCCUGCCUCCAAACAUUUUAUAGGUACCCAGGAGCACAGAAACAGUGGAAGCCGCCAGGAGGAGAAUCAAGAGAAAACCUAAGAUUUUCAAUAUUCAAAAGCACCCACGGUGGUGGUUGAUGUUGAGAACACUGAGUUCACUGUAGAGCUUUGUAACUGCUGGGCUAAUUCUUUUGUCUUUCUGGCUCAGCCAAGGAGGGAUCAGUACGUACCUGGGGCUGGGAGGGAAUGUACACGAGAACCUCCGAGGCCGUUUGGCUUGGCUCUGACUCACCCUGACUCUCCAGUGAAGCAGAAAGGAGGAAACAUCACACCACCCAGGUGUGGCCAGACUUUGACCAUUAUUGUGAAUCCCCAAGAGUUACCACGGUCCCUUUCUAAGUCCUCAUUUAGCCUUAGUUGUGGUUACACUAAGACUCUCGGCUCAGGGAAGCUGUAGAAGAGGAGACAGGAUGAGGCGGGAAGAGGAGGAAGAGGAGGGAACUAGGAUGAAGGCAAAAGGGGACUUAGAGAUGAAGGAAGAGGAGGACAUCAGUGAGACAGGAGAACUGGUCGGCCCUUUUGCAAGUGCGCCGCCCACCCCAAUACCUCACAACAGGGGGACCCGGUUCUCUGAGGCAUGGGAGUAUUUCCACCUGGCUCCUGCUCGGGCUGGGCACCACCCCAACCAAUACGCCACCUGCCGCCUGUGUGGCAGGCUGGUGAGCCGCGGCCCUGGGGUUAACGUGGGCACCACGGCCCUGUGGAAGCACCUGAAAAGCAUGCACAGAGAGGAGCUAGAGAAGAGUGGCCACAGUCAGGCAGGGCCUCGCCAGGACGCAAAGCCCCCAGGGCCUCAGCUCCCCAUGGGCAUCGAGGGCGACUGGGCCAGGUUCCUGGAGCAGGUGGGGGCCCUGGCUUUAUGGGCCAGCCAAAAGGAAAAGGAGGUACUUAGGAGGGAGAGGGCAGUGGAACGGCGGGAGAGGGCCGUGGAAAGGAGAGAGCGAGCCCUGGAGGAGGUGGAAAGGGCCAUCCUGGAGAUGAAGUGGAAGGUGAGGGCUGAGAAGGAGGCCUGCCAGAGGGAGAAAGACCUGCCUACAGCAGCUCAUCCCUUUCAUUUUGUUUAACUCGGGCUUGGGGGAAUCUUUUCCGAAAACACUGACUUUAGACUCAUAGCAAAGAGCUUAAGUAUAAAGCAAAGUAGUUUAGCGAGAUUUUCUUUUUAGGAGAAAGAGUGCAUAUAUGGGUUUAUUUCAGCAAGUCUGCAUUGACCAAAUGCUUAUCGACAGGGUUCCCAGAGCUGUGCUGACCCUUGGCCAAAACUUCAAAAUGUGCUAAUUAAAGAUAAAUGUGUUGUUGCCACCAUGGGUCUGUGAAUUGUUUUGGAGCAGAAUGUACCAGCCUAUCAACACUGAUGAGUGAAAAUAAUGGGAUUUACGCCUAGCACUUGGUUUUGGUGGAGUUGAAAGUUUUGAUGGUUUAGGCUGGUUGGGUAGCUGGAAUGUGCCUACGUGACCAGUUCACUCUGAGACCCUGCCAUGAGCAGAGGGUAGGUUUCCUGGGACCGUGGCGUUUGCACUUGUUCUGGUGGUGAUUCGAGAACUGGAUACAAAGCCUGUUCUUUGGGCCCACAGUGGAAGGACAAAGAAGCUUGAGCCUGAGAUCUCCGGGCCCCUCCAAUGCAUAUCUUUCUCCUAUUGUUACAGUGUUGUAUCACCUGCUUAUAUUAAAGCUGUGUCAUCAGUAUAACUUGCCUGAAAUAAGUCUUUUCAAUACUCUAACACUCA